AUGCUAUGCUCACGAUGCUAUGCUCACGAUGCUAUGCUCACGAUGUCACGAUGCUCACGAUGCUAUGCUCACAAUGCUAUGCUCACGAUGUCACGAUGCUCACGAUGCUCUGCUCACGAUGCUAUGCUCACGAUGCUCUGCUCACGAUGCUCUGCUCACGAUGCUCUGCUCACGAUGCUAUGCUCACGAUGUCACGAUGCUCAGGAUGCUAUGCCACGAUGCUCUGCUCACGAUGCUCUGCUCACGAUGCUAUGCUCACGAUGCUAUGCUCACGAUGCUAUGCUCACGAUGCUAUGCUCACGAUGCUAUGCUCACGAUGCUCUGCUCACGAUGCUAUGCUCACGAUGCUCUGCUCACGAUGCUCUGCUCACGAUGCUAUGCUCACGAUGCUAUGCUCACGAUGCUAUGCUCACGAUGCUAUGCUCACGAUGCUAUGCUCACGAUGCUAUGCUCACGAUGCUCUGCUCACGAUGCUCUGCUCACGAUGCUCUGCUCACGAUGCUAUGCUCACGAUGUCACGAUGCUCACGAUGCUAUGCCACGAUGCUCUGCUCACGAUGCUCUGCUCACGAUGCUAUGCUCACGAUGCCAAUCACGAUGCUCACGAUUCUCUGCUCACGAUGCUAUGCCACGAUUCUCUGCUCACGAUGCUCUGCUCACGAUGCUCUGCUCACGAUGCUCUGCUCACGAUGCUCUGCUCACGAUGCUAUGCUCACGAUGCUAUGCUCACGAUGCUAUGCUCACGAUGCUCUGCUCACGAUGCUAUGCUCACGAUGCUCUGCUCACGAUGCUCUGCUCACGAUGCUAUGCUCACGAUGCUAUGCUCACGAUGCUAUGCUCACGAUGCUAUGCUCACGAUGCUAUGCUCACGAUGCUAUGCUCACGAUGCUCUGCUCACGAUGCUAUGCUCACGAUGCUAUGCUCACGAUGCUAUGCUCACGAUGCUAUGCUCACGAUGCUCUGCUCACGAUGCUCUGCUCACGAUGCUCUGCUCACGAUGCUAUGCUCACGAUGUCACGAUGCUCACGAUGCUAUGCCACGAUGCUCUGCUCACGAUGCUCUGCUCACGAUGCUAUGCUCACGAUGCUAUGCUCACGAUGCUAUGCUCACGAUGCUAUGCUCACAAUGUUAUGCUCACGAUGCUCUGCUCACGAUGCUAUGCUCACGAUGCUCUGCUCACGAUGCUCUGCUCACGAUGCUAUGCUCACGAUGCUAUGCUCACGAUGCUAUGCUCACGAUGCUAUGCUCACGAUGCUCUGCUCACGAUGCUAUGCUCACGAUGCUAUGCUCACGAUGCUAUGCUCACGAUGCUAUGCUCACGAUGCUAUGCUCACGAUGCUAUGCUCACGAUGCUAUGCUCACGAUGCUAUGCUCACGAUGCUAUGCUCACGAUGCUCUGCUCACGAUGCUAUGCUCACGAUGCUCUGCUCACGAUGCUCUGCUCACGAUGCUCUGCUCACGAUGCUAUGCUCACGAUGCUAUGCUCACGAUGCUCUGCUCACGAUGCUAUGCUCACGAUGCUAUGCUCACGAUGCUCUGCUCACGAUGCUCUGCUCACGAUGCUCUGCUCACGAUGCUCUGCUCACGAUGCUAUGCUCACGAUGCUCUGCUCACGAUGCUCUGCUCACGAUGCUAUGCUCACGAUGCUAUGCUCACGAUGCUCUGCUCACGAUGCUCUGCUCACGAUGCUAUGCUCACGAUGCUCUGCUCACGAUGCUCUGCUCACGAUGCUAUGCUCACGAUGCUAUGCUCACGAUGCUCUGCUCACGAUGCUCUGCUCACGAUGCUCUGCUCACGAUGCUAUGCUCACGAUGCUCUGCUCACGAUGCUCUGCUCACGAUGCUAUGCUCACGAUGCUAUGCUCACGAUGCUCUGCUCACGAUGCUCUGCUCACGAUGCUCUGCUCACGAUGCUAUGCUCACGAUGCUAUGCUCACGAUGCUAUGCUCACGAUGCUAUGCUCACGAUGCUCUGCUCACGAUGCUAUGCUCACGAUAAUAUGCUCAAGAUGCUAUGCUCACGAUGCUAUAAUCACGAUGCUAUGCUCACGAUGCCAUGCUCACGAUGCCAUGCUCACGAUGCUCUGCUCACGAUGCUAUGCUCACGAUGCUAUGCUCACGAUGCUAUGCUCACGAUGCUAUGCUCACGAUGCUCUGCUCACGAUGCUCUGCUCACGAUGCUCUGCUCACGAUGCUAUGCUCACGAUGUCACGAUGCUCACGAUGCUAUGCCACGAUGCUCUGCUCACGAUGCUCUGCUCACGAUGCUAUGCUCACGAUGCCAAUCACGAUGCUCACGAUUCUCUGCUCACGAUGCUAUGCCACGAUUCUCUGCUCACGAUGCUCUGCUCACGAUGCUCUGCUCACGAUGCUCUGCUCACGAUGCUCUGCUCACGAUGCUAUGCUCACGAUGCUAUGCUCACGAUGCUAUGCUCACGAUGCUCUGCUCACGAUGCUAUGCUCACGAUGCUCUGCUCACGAUGCUCUGCUCAAGAUGAUAUGCUCAAGAUGCUAUGCUCACGAUGCUAUGGUCACGAUGCUAUGCUCACGAUGCUAUGCUCACGAUGCUAUGCUCACGAUGCUCUGCUCACGAUGCUAUGCUCACGAUGCUAUGCUCACGAUGCUAUGCUCACGAUGCUAUGCUCACGAUGCUCUGCUCACGAUGCUCUGCUCACGAUGCUCUGCUCACGAUGCUAUGCUCACGAUGUCACGAUGCUCACGAUGCUAUGCCACGAUGCUCUGCUCACGAUGCUCUGCUCACGAUGCUAUGCUCACGAUGCUAUGCUCACGAUGCUAUGCUCACAAUGUUAUGCUCACGAUGCUCUGCUCACGAUGCUAUGCUCACGAUGCUCUGCUCACGAUGCUCUGCUCACGAUGCUAUGCUCACGAUGCUAUGCUCACGAUGCUAUGCUCACGAUGCUAUGCUCACGAUGCUCUGCUCACGAUGCUAUGCUCACGAUGCUAUGCUCACGAUGCUAUGCUCACGAUGCUAUGCUCACGAUGCUAUGCUCACGAUGCUAUGCUCACGAUGCUAUGCUCACGAUGCUAUGCUCACGAUGCUAUGCUCACGAUGCUCUGCUCACGAUGCUAUGCUCACGAUGCUCUGCUCACGAUGCUCUGCUCACGAUGCUCUGCUCACGAUGCUAUGCUCACGAUGCUAUGCUCACGAUGCUCUGCUCACGAUGCUAUGCUCACGAUGCUAUGCUCACGAUGCUCUGCUCACGAUGCUCUGCUCACGAUGCUCUGCUCACGAUGCUCUGCUCACGAUGCUAUGCUCACGAUGCUCUGCUCACGAUGCUCUGCUCACGAUGCUAUGCUCACGAUGCUAUGCUCACGAUGCUCUGCUCACGAUGCUCUGCUCACGAUGCUAUGCUCACGAUGCUCUGCUCACGAUGCUCUGCUCACGAUGCUAUGCUCACGAUGCUAUGCUCACGAUGCUCUGCUCACGAUGCUCUGCUCACGAUGCUCUGCUCACGAUGCUAUGCUCACGAUGCUCUGCUCACGAUGCUCUGCUCACGAUGCUAUGCUCACGAUGCUAUGCUCACGAUGCUCUGCUCACGAUGCUCUGCUCACGAUGCUCUGCUCACGAUGCUAUGCUCACGAUGCUAUGCUCACGAUGCUAUGCUCACGAUGCUAUGCUCACGAUGCUCUGCUCACGAUGCUAUGCUCACGAUAA